ACAUUUUUGGAUGUCAACUUCUUGAACAAGUUUAUAAAAAUUAUGUUUUUAAGAAAUGGGCAAAUCUAGGAGACCAAUGAAAUCAAAAUGACAACAUCUGAAGUAGACGUUAACGAAAUAAAUCUAUCAGAUGAUGAAGAUAAAAUAAGAGUUUAUGGUUCUACGUCUUCAGAGAAUCCGUUUAAAUUCAAAAGGAAAUAUGGCAGCAAUGUUGUCAAUGUUGAAGACUCUCAAUCUAGCACUGACAUCCAGUAUGAUGAAGAUGCACAAACACAAUCUCUCAUAUCAAGCUCAGGAUCUAAAUCAAGUAGGAAAUCUGCAGUUUCUAACCUGUCUGUAAGCAGAACUGACGAGAAUGUUAGUGUCAUAUCCUCAAGGUCAUGGCACUAUAGGUGGUGGCAGCAUCCAAAGGUUCGUGAUAACUGUCGAGUUGUGAUUGGGGCUUUUGUUUUAACUUUGAUAGGCUUAUUAUUAGUUAUAACUGGUGUUGCAAUAAUGAUCUCGCCAUUUAGAGGAUGGCAUAGUUUGGUGUUCUUUAUUGGAGGAUCAUUGUUUCUCAUACCAGGCUUGUACCAUGUGACAUACAUAUAUUUGGCAGCUACAGGAAGAAAUGGUUAUUCAUUCCAUAACAUAUCUGUGUUUAGCUGAUACUAGUAAAAGUCUGUGUAGUUAACGUUUAGUUGGAAUUAACAUGACAGUCUGUACUAGACAAUCAUUUCUGGUAUUAGUCAGACUUAUAAUUUGGUUGAUACAUGUAUGAAAUCUCAUUCAUGUAAAUUAGAAAAUUUUUCUCAAAUACAUGUAUCACCACAUGAUAUUAAAUUAAAUAUGAAUGUAAUCAGUCACUACCUCUGUAAAUCUGUAAUCUGUGGGAAAUCUUUUAUCUGCUUUGUAGUAUUUGUAGUAAGAGUGUAUAAUGCUUGAAUUAGAUAGAUCUGUCCAAAAAACCAUACAAGCACACACAGAUCUCACAAGUUGUAAAAAAUCUCAUAUGUAAUUAAUUGUACGUCUAACUUUUUGACACUAUGCACAUAUGAUUGAUGUUUUUUUCAGUUUUUGUCUCGCCUUGAUGGAGUCAAAAAGCGAGACAUAGGUAUGCUGUUUCCGGCAGUGGCGUCAACAAUGUAUUAGUUUGUGAUUAGUUCAGUUCAUAGGGAACCACUAUUGGUAGGUCAAUGAUAUUUGGUAUGCAGUUGACAAAUCUCAUUUCCAUGAAGAUUGUUUGGCCCUGUACCUUCGGUCAUGGUUCAUUGACUUUGAAUAUUUUGUAUAACUUCCAUGUUGAAGUAUUGUUAGUUUGAUUUCAUUGUUGCAUUUUACUAUCAAAAUAACAAAAAGGUCAGACAUAUCUCUGCGUUAACAGUUUACUACUGAAAACAUGCAACAACAAAUGCAUUAUUACCAGAGUAUUUAAAGCUCAAUACAUUGAUAGCUUGGGUAAUUUAUAUGGGUUUUUGUUUAUUUUUGUUUUUUUUAUAUUGUUUUUGUAAUAUUUUGUUAUUUUUUAUUUUACAAUUUUAAACAAGUAGAUGAAUAUCUGAAACUUGAAUAUUUCAAAACAAGGUAUGUCUAUAAAUAAUUGUUGACAUAAAGAUUAUACCCAACAGAGAUUGAAUGUAAAGACAGAUCAUUUAGAAGAUGUUUCAUGUAAGUCAUUGUUUUUUUUCAGGGUAUUUACAUCAUUGUACAAAGUUCAGCUGUUCAUUUGGAUUUGUACUUUUUUAUUUUUAUUUAAAGUUCAAAUAUGAAAGUUCACUGUGUAUUUCUCAUACUUCUAAAAGUCUUUUGUAACAAAAAUGCACAUAUAUUAUGUAGUAACAUUUAACUGAUAAAUUAUACCUCCACAUACUCUAGGCAAGGGACUAUAUUGUGAUCACCUUGUUUGUUUAUCAGUUUGUCCAUCUGUCUGUCCUUUCAUACAACAAAUAUUUUUGGGUUACUUUUUUCAGAAACUACUAAAAAGGUUUUUUUUUGUCAGAAGUUUGAGAGUCACUGUUACAUAAGGCACUUUUUUGAUCCAUCAGUUAACUUCUUCCUGUUUGCCAAUACUUUAUCAAUUUUUUUAAUGAACUUAAAAAAAAUUGUCACACAUUUCUCCAAUACUGUUGAACAGAAUGACUUCAUUUUAAGUCAGUGCUUCAACUUUGAUGAGAUUUAAUAUAUAUGCCUGUUUUUCAUCUGUUAGACACCUAAUUCCUGUUUUCCAAUACUAUGAAAAACGAGUCUUGCACAGCUCAUAUAGAUCAAUGUAUCAGAAAUAGGAAUUAGGUGUUGGGGUUUGCUUUGCAUUCUUGUCGUAUAUUACAUUCAGAUACUAAAUUACGCAAAACAUGCAAUGUAAACAACAUUUAUAUAUUAAGCAGCUUUUUUGUUUCACAAUCAAUACUAGAUUUUUAUCAUGGUAUAU